GGAAUAUAGAAGUCGGGUAUUUAUUGUUACAUUCUUCAUAUUUUCUGCACCGCUUCAAGUCACGUACACGCAAACGUAGUAGUGUGGGAAAAUUUAGCAAGAUGGCCGACACCGAGCUCGACAUUGAUAAUUUAAUUUCUCGUUUAUUAGAAGUGCGAGGAUGCAGGCCGGGAAAAAGUGUACAGAUGACAGAGGCAGAAGUCCGUGGGCUCUGCCUCAAGUCCCGUGAGAUAUUUCUGCAGCAGCCCAUACUCCUUGAAUUAGAGGCGCCUCUCAAGAUCUGUGGAGACAUUCACGGCCAGUAUACAGACUUGCUACGUCUGUUUGAGUAUGGUGGCUUUCCCCCUGAGUCCAACUACCUCUUCCUUGGGGACUAUGUGGACCGUGGGAAGCAGUCGCUGGAGACCAUCUGCCUGCUUUUAGCCUACAAGAUCAAGUACCCCGAGAACUUCUUCCUCCUUAGGGGCAACCACGAAUGCGCCUCCAUCAACAGAAUCUACGGCUUCUUUGAUGAGUGUCGCAGGAGGUAUGGCACAAAGCUCUGGAAGACUUUUACAGACUGCUUCAACUGCCUACCCAUUGCUGCCAUCAUUGACGAGAAGAUCUUCUGCUGCCAUGGAGGGUUGAGUCCUGACCUACAGAGCAUGGAACAGAUCCGGCGGAUAAUGAGGCCCACUGAUGUUCCUGACACUGGUCUCCUCUGUGACUUGCUGUGGUCAGAUCCUGACAAAGAUGUUUCAGGCUGGGGUGAGAAUGACCGUGGUGUCUCCUUCACUUUCGGUGCAGAUGUCGUCAGUAAAUUCUUGAACCGUCAUGAUUUAGACUUAAUAUGCAGAGCACAUCAGGUUGUUGAAGAUGGUUAUGAAUUCUUUGCCAAGAGACAGUUAGUCACUCUGUUCUCAGCUCCAAAUUACUGCGGAGAGUUUGACAAUGCAGGAGGAAUGAUGUCUGUGGAUGAAACACUCCUCUGCUCCUUCCAGAUUUUGAAGCCGUCGGAGAAGAAAGCCAAGUACCAGUACAGCGGCCUCACCCAGAACCGUCCCAACCCCCCCAACCGCCAACAGCGACCUCAGCAGCAGAGAAAAUAAGCCAGGCAGGCAACAGCACUAUUCAAACAAAGGAAGAAGGAUUGGAGUGUGGGGUAACCCUCAAUGGUGGCAUUUUUAAGAGAGGCUUCGCACACAUCUACCAUCAUUUGGCUCUCCUGGAAUGUUAUUAUACAUAUAUUUUAAUUUCCUAUUUCUGCAUGAUGUCAAGUGGUGGUGAGGAUGAUGAAAACAACAAUAAGAUGUCAAUAAAAGUGAUUGUUUCCUUUAAGGAACCUUGCAGACAGGAAGCCAUUAGAUACUGUUGGUAGUUAAGGUGUGAGAAAUAAGGCGAGUGGAGUACACAGAGAGUGAAUGACAUCAUAGCAGGGUAGCAGGAGGGCGGGAAAUGAGGGCCUUGCUUGCUUUUUUGCGCAUCGAAGCCUCGCCUUGUGAAUUUUUUUUUUUUCUUGAUUUUCUUUUAAGCUUUGUAUUGAUGGUUUCUCUCCAUCAGAUUUUUGCCUUUUGGUGGUUUUUUUUUUUCUUUUUCUUCCACUCUGAACUUUUUUUUUUUUUUUUUUAAUCUGAUGAGGAACUUCAUUGGGCUUUCUUACUAUAUAAAAGCUUAAUGGAAGCAAACCUUCAUAUCCUGCCUUUCAGUCAUAUGCAGACACUCAAGCAAAUACGCAUAUAAGAAUUUAGCUGUGUCAUUGUUAAACAUUCUGAUGAAAUGUACAAUACAAUGUGUGCUGUCUUUUUAUAUGUCUGUGUUGCAAGAAAUUCAAUGUUUUUGCCAAAAACAUACUGUGGUUGGCAUAUAGAAAAUGUAUUUCUACUUUCUUUUAUAACUGAUAUCACAUUACCAUGGCCUAAAAAUAGGUAACUAGUCAUCGUCACCAGAAUGCCAGAAAAGGCUAAAAAGUUAUAAUUGAAAAAGAAACAAAGAAUUUGUCACUUAAGAGUUAUAUUUAAUCUAAGUCAAAAAACAAAAAAAUCCCAUAGCAUUUAACUUUAUUUAUUUAUAAUUUUUAUUUUUCCUUCCUGAAGACCAGGGAUAGAUUUUGAAAAAGAGAGGGAGAGAGAGAGAGAGAGAGAGAGAAAAAAAAAAAAAAAAAAAAAAACAGGGACUAUAUCUUAACCAUGAUCACAAAGUAUAUGGAAAUAUUCACUCCGGAUAGAAACACUGUCUUCCUCCUCUGUAAGUACCUUUAAUGGUAGAGCAGAAUGUUUACGGUCGCAAAGUGAGUAUUGGAGUACACGUCAGUCACACAGAAUCAUAGAGUGAAUUGACACAGAUAUGCUAGUCUGUUUAUGUAUUUUUUUUCCAUUAUUAUGAUUAAUGUUUUGUUAUGUUGUCUCAUCAUUUUGGGUUGCAAAUGUGAUGCAUUGCCUUAUUCUAGCAGUGAGAAAGAUUACAAUUGAUGAUGCACUGGGCUGUCUACAGAGAAGGAUAACAAUAUGAUGAUAGUAAUAGAAGCAUUCUUACUUCUCUUUUGGGUGGGGUAAGAAAAAGAGAGAAAAAUAGAUAACAAUGAUGUAUAUUGGGAAAAUCUCUUCAGUUGUUGCCAGAACUCCUGUUUUGUUUAUCCAUCAACUUUGCAAGAUGCAUUGACAGAGCACAUUACAGUCGUUUUACAAACAGUCAUGACGACAUCCAGCCAUGUCAUUGCAGAUGUUGAGGUAUCAAUUGUUGCAAUACAUUGGCAGUAUUUUUUCAUACGUGAAGUUUUGAACUUGUGGGAAAUUUAUUUUGAUACAGGUUAGAGGUAAUAAUGAUAAAAAACUUAAGGUCCAUUUUUUUUCAUGUUUAAGAAUAAAUUUUAUUAUACUUUUUCACCUAUUCUCUCUAGUAACUUGGUUGACUUCAGCUAAUAAUCUCCAGAAAAGCAUUUAAUGCAUGAAUGUAAUUGUGUUACAAUGUACUGUAGUAAAAUGUAAUUAGUUGUGAUGAAUUGUCAAUAUUUUUUUUUACAAUUGGCUUUUAAAUUUGGAAAACAUUCAUGUUGCUUUAUUGUUUUCUGUACACUUCAUUGUAAGUAAGUACAGCAUAUUUGGAAAAUCUUUAAAAGAAAGUAUUGACUUAUUGCACAAAAUAAAGUUUUAUUUGUUAGUA